GGCUAGUCGUUAUCAGUAGCCACACCACCACCAGCACCCAGCCACCAGCGGCUGCAGUCACACACUCCUCACUCGGGUGAAGACGGGCAAAUUGCGACGAAAGAGAGGGCCUUUGAGCGGACAUUUCCUUUAAACAGAGCCCACAUAGAGGACCCUCGCACAGGACGGCGACUGCGGACUCACACAGACAGAGCCAUGCUUGAAUACUACCAGACAUUAGGAGUCCCGAAAAAUGCAACGCAAGAUGACAUCAAAAAAGCUUACAGAAAAUUGGCCUUGAAGUGGCAUCCAGACAAGAACCCAGACAACAAGGAGGAAGCAGAGAAAAGGUUCAAAGAGCUGUCAGAAGCAUAUGAAGUGCUCUCAGAUGAAAACAAGAGGAAUACUUAUGACAGAUAUGGCAAAGACGGCCUUUCAGGAGGAGGAGGAGGAGGCCAUUAUGAUCACUUUGGCGGCGGCAGCUUCACAUUCCGUAAUCCCGAGGACGUUUUCAGGGAAUUCUUUGGCGGCAGAGAUCCAUUUGCAGAUUUUUUUGCUGAUGAUCCAUUUGAUGAUUUUUUCGGGGGUAGUCGCAGUCGCCAGAGGGGCGCAAGCCGAAGCAGAAUGGGGGGAUCGCUCUUUGGGUUUGGGAGCUUCCCAGCGUUUGGGCACAGCCUCUCAGGGUUCGAUUCAGGUUUUAGCUCAUUUGGAGACGUGGGCGGAGGCUUCACUUCCUUCUCUUCUUCAUCCUUUGGCGGCGGCGGUGGUGGGGGAGGGGGAGGAGGAAUGGGUAACUUCAGAUCUGUGUCGACCUCCACCAAGUUCAUCAACGGCAGAAAAAUUACCACAAAACGGAUUGUGGAGAACGGCCAGGAGCGGGUGGAAGUGGAGGAGGACGGUCAGUUAAAAUCCCUAACAGUUAAUGACGUUGCAGCUGAAGACCCCUUGGAGGAUGAGUUUCGCCGCCGCAGACAGAACACACUUCCUGGCCUCAGUCUGCAUCAGCGCUACCUGAGGAACUCCGCCCAGAACCCCUCAGAGGAAGAGGAGGAGCACGGCCUACAGAGCCACGGACUAACGAGAGGACACAUGGACACAAAGAGGAAGAAAGUGUGGCUAAAGGAUGCAGAGUCCAAAAAGAAAAGGCCUUCACGACACUUCCCUCGGUUUGGUGGACUUGGUGCCUUUUUUUAAGCACACACACUCACACACAUAUAAAUAUAUAUACACUUGUUGGCAGAAGUGCCAUCAAUCAUAUAUGGCAUUAGUUCAUCGUUGCUAUGUAUCAGAGGCCCGACAUCCCCACUGCUGCGCUGUAUCUCACCUUGUCUAUCAGCAGCAGUGCAGAGCUUAACUCCUGCCUACAUUGCGUCAGCCAGACGGUAGCCUGCAGAGACUUCACUUCAAUGUUUUGUUUUGUCGAAGAUACAUUUUUAUUAUUAGUUAAGCUUUUGCUAUUGCUGUAUUUAUUGUGGGUGGGCCCUGUGGAUGUACAGAGAGCAUUCUGAGCUUUAAUUAAUCUCCUAUGAUUGGACUUCUUCACUUUUUACAACACACGUUUUCAGAAAGUGUGUUAAAAGAGUUUAAGAGCAAGGAGAAUUACAGUAGCAGCCUUGUUUGUGAUAAGCGUGAAAAUUACUGCAGUAAUACUGUUUUGCAUGUGAGAAUAAGUGAAGGUCAAGCUAUUCAGUGGAUCCUUUUUUCAACAGAGACAAGGAGGGAGAGGGACAUCUGGGGAAUGUGAGAGUAAAGCCGACUGAAAGCACUGAAGAGAGAGUUUUAUUACAGAAAGAAAUGAACAUGUUCUGUUCACUCCUCAUUCAGACAUGAAAACUGACAAUCAACACUCUGGCAGCAACAUUAUCCACUCUUAACCUCUUCUAGCCACUGUGCAUAAUAAAUACUAAACCCUCUUGAAGUUGUUAUAUUGUUUUUUGAUAGGAUUCUUUGUACUGAGUGGAUUCAGCAAUAUCUUAACCUUCUAUGGGUGUUUUUGUAAAAGGUUUCUAAAGCAAAAUAUGGUUUUUGUCAUCUGAUUUGUCCCUGACAGGUUUUUAAGUGAGCGGAAAUGUGGAAAUGUCUGAGAAAUGUUCAUUUUUUAUGGACUCUUACAAAUAAAUGCUUAAAG